AUGGAUGAAAAAACCACCCUUUCACUCAUCGAUUUUAAACCACACCAUCCAGAUCUUGGUAAAUUUUUGAUUAAGAAACUCCGAGAACCAUCCAAGAAAAUAUUUUCGCUCAAGUUUGAAAAUGUGGACACCUUGAAAUUAAAUGGAAAUACCUUCUAUUCCCAAGUUAAUCAUCAAUACAAAGUUUUAAUAGUAGGACAAGGUGAAAGCCUAGUGUUCUUGGAUUUGGAAUCAAGAAAGGAAUUAUUCAAGUACACCUUUGAUCAUUCAGUUUAUUAUUUUGAAAUUCAUGGUGAUGAUUUGUUUAUUACAUUUUCAUCGAAUCAUUUGGUGAGAUUUAAUUUUCAAAAGAUAUACAAUAGAAAACCCUUGUCUGAAUGCAAAAUUUGGCAAAGUCACCCAUUUAAAUAUAUUUGGGGAUUUUCAAUUUGGAAAAAUUUGAUUCAUGUGUGUGAUUUUGAUGAACAAGACAUUUUUAUUCUUGAUUACAACACUGGAGCCAAUGUUGAACGUGGCAACUUGCCAAAGACAGAUAAAGCUGCUAAUAUUACCUUCUCUUCCUUGAAUGAAAUGUAUAUAUGUGGUUUGGGAUUUUUAGAAGUGUACACAUUGAAUGAUAACAACAAUUGGAUCAUUAAAAAAAGGUACGACCAAUUAACAGGUAGAGGUAGCCAGGGAUUUUAUUCAUUAUUUUAUGAGGAAGGAAGUCAGAGAGUAUUCCUAACUGAUUCCAAUAGAAAGGUUUUGAUAUUUGAUAGAGAUCUUACUCUGCAACAAACUUAUGAAAGUAAGAAUAGUGGAGCCUAUGGUAUACACAUUGAUUCAUCAACUGGCUAUUGUUACUUGUGUGACAAUAGUGCAGCCUUACUGUGUAUUUUCAAAUAA